GAACAGCCUGUGGUCUGGACUCCUGCGUCUAGGAGGGGACAGAUGCUGCUUCCCUUCUGGAUGAGGGGUACCCACAGGUGAUGGAGGCCAGGGUCCCUCAAAAAAGGAAGGGGCGCAGGCACGUUGGUUUCUUCAGAGGGUUGGAAGGACUGGGUGCCCAAGGGUGACAUCCAUGAGUCUUGGGUCCCUGAGGAUGGCUUGUACUGGGGGAGAGUCAGACUUGGAGGGUCCCCAAAUUCCUCAGUCCCCUUGGAGAAGGGACUGCCGGGUCUGAGGGAGGAGGGGCUGGGGGGCGGGACUCCUGGCUCCAGGGUGGAGACCUUGUUUUUCAGGCCUGGACUUCUGGGGCAAUAAAAGCGACAGACUGGGUCUUAGUAUGGCGAACCCUGAAGUCAGGGAAAGGUCUUCUGUUUCCAGAGCCUCAAGGCAGGGAGGGGGCAGAGGGCAGCCACCCCCGGCCCUGGAGUCUAGCUCUGAAGCUGAUGUCUCCAUACCUGGUUCUGCGCCUCUGCCUGCCCCCCACCAAGCCUGACUUCUUCCUCCCAUUUUAUUUUCAGCCCCCUCACUCCCUCGUCCCAGGAGGAAGGCAGAGGCUGGUAGCUGGGGCGGCGGGCGGCCCCUUCCCCAAGCCCUGGCAGGAGGAGGGGUCCCCAGGGAGGCCAGGAGGGGGGGCUAUGGGUCUCCCGGCAGUGGCGGACGGGGACUGAAUGUUAAUCGCAUCCCGAGUGAGUGUGUGUGUGUGAGAAUACAGCGAGUGUGCGAGUCCCUCCCGCUCCGGCUCCUCCAAGCCGCGGCCGCCGCCGCCACCCUCGCCCGCAGCCUCCCGCAGCCUCCCUCGGCCACCGGUGCCCGGCUGGGGGGUGUCGCCUGGGUGGGUCCGCCCGGCCCCCAGGGGUCCCUCGAGCGUCUGCCAUCUGCCCGGUGAGGAUCUGUGUGUCCGGGUGUCAGGCUGGCUGGUGGAGGGGGGGUGUGUCUGUAAGGGCUGCGGCGGCCCAGGGAGGGAGGGGUCUGUCUGUACCGACCCUGAGCCGCCUGCCUGGGUGUCGUGGGCGCCCCUACUCCUCCCACCCCAGCCCCCCAAACCCAGAUGGGUGGUGUGUACCUGGGUUCUGUGUCUCCUGCCUUCGUCCGGCCAGGCGUCUGGGCGUCCCCGGCUGCCUGUGUCCUCCUGUCUGUCCAAACAGCCCCUAACGGCAGUGGCAGCCUGGCCCCCAUUAGACCGCCCCCCCCCCGUGUGUGUGUGUGUCCCUCCUCAAGCUCUGGGGGUGUUGAGGGGGAAUCCCAGGGAAGUGAGGUCGUGCGUGUGUGCGUGAGUGUAUGUGUGUGUUUCUGCCUGUGUUUGAGAGUGGGGGCGUCGAGGGGGGGUCUGGAGGUGGCCAAGCGAGGAAGGAGCAAGCAGUUCCCCAGGCAGGCAAUCUCCCGCUCCUCACACACACACACACACACACACACACACACCAGCCACCAGCUUCAGAGGUGACCCAGACAGACAGACAGACACAGACGCUGGAGGUGAGGGUGGGGGGGCGCUGAGGGCACAAAGUGGGGGUGCGAAUGAGCCAGAGAGAGGCGGGACUGGACACAUGGAAAGUGGGGAGGAGCCCGGGCUGAAGCAGCAGAGGGGGGCACCCCAGGUGGGCGGAGGGGGGAUCCCCAUGGGGUCGAGGCAGCAAGAGGACACCCCGACAGCCUCUGCAAUGUCCGGGGCCCAACUUCCAAAGCAACAUGUGUAGCCACGUCCUCCCCUAGUCCAGGUGGCCGCAACCUUGGGGGACAGACAGGGCAGGACAAGACCAAGGAAGAGGAAGGAGAGACAGAGCCAGGGACAGACAGGAGGUCCCGGCCGCCGCUGCCGCCACCACCACCGCUGCUGCCGCCCAGGGGCCUGCCCCCCCACAUCGGCUCUCUGAGCCCUACUCGGAAUCUUGGGGUCGCUGGAUGCCGGGUUCCGGUCCUGGCUCCCCACAAUCCCCCCCACAGAACAGGGUCAUGAAAAGAGGCCGCCCCGCGGGGCCCGCAGGCGAUGCGCGGCGCCGGUGGCCCCCGCGGCCCUCGGGGCCCCGCUAAGAUGCUGCUGCUCCUGGCGCUGGCCUGCGCCAGCCCGUUCCCGGAGGAGGCGCCGGGGCCGGGCGGGGCCAGUGGGCCCGGUGGGGUCCCCGGCGGGGCGCGGCCGCUCAACGUGGCGCUCGUGUUCUCCGGGCCCGCAUACGCGGCCGAGGCGGCGCGCCUGGGCCCCGCCGUGGCGGCCGCCGUGCGCAGCCCGGGCCUGGACGUGCGGCCCGUGGCGCUGGUGCUCAACGGCUCGGACCCCCGCAGCCUCGUGCUGCAGCUCUGCGACCUGCUGUCGGGGCUGCGCGUGCACGGCGUGGUCUUCGAGGACGACUCGCGCGCGCCCGCCGUCGCGCCCAUCCUCGACUUCCUGUCGGCGCAGACCUCGCUGCCCAUCGUGGCCGUGCACGGCGGCGCCGCGCUCGUGCUCACGCCCAAGGAGAAGGGCUCCACCUUCCUGCAGCUGGGCUCCUCCACCGAGCAACAGCUUCAGGUCAUCUUCGAGGUGCUGGAGGAAUACGACUGGACGUCCUUUGUAGCGGUGACCACGCGUGCCCCUGGCCACCGGGCCUUCCUGUCCUACAUCGAGGUGCUGACCGACGGCAGCCUGGUGGGCUGGGAACACCGCGGGGCGCUGACGCUAGACCCUGGGGCGGGCGAGGCUGUGCUCAGUGCCCAGCUCCGCAGUGUCAGCGCGCAGAUCCGCCUGCUCUUCUGCGCCCGAGAGGAGGCCGAGCCAGUGUUCCGGGCUGCUGAGGAGGCUGGCCUCACUGGGUCUGGCUACGUCUGGUUCAUGGUGGGACCCCAGCUGGCUGGAGGCGGGGGUUCUGGGGCCCCUGGCGAGCCCCUUCUUCUGCCAGGAGGCGCCCCGCUGCCUGCCGGACUGUUUGCAGUGCGCUCGGCUGGCUGGCGGGAUGACCUGGCUCGGCGAGUGGCAGCUGGCGUGGCCGUAGUGGCCAGAGGCGCCCAGGCCCUGCUGCGUGACUAUGGUUUCCUUCCUGAGCUCGGCCACGACUGUCGUGCCCAGAAUCGCACCCACCGCGGCGAGAGUCUCCAUAGGUACUUCAUGAACAUCACCUGGGAUAACCGGGAUUAUUCUUUCAAUGAGGAUGGCUUCCUAGUGAACCCCUCCCUGGUGGUCAUCUCCCUCACCAGAGACAGGACAUGGGAGGUGGUGGGCAGCUGGGAGCAGCAGACGCUCCGCCUCAAGUACCCGUUGUGGUCCCGCUAUGGUCGCUUCCUGCAGCCAGUGGAUGACACGCAGCACCUCACGGUGGCCACGCUGGAGGAGAGGCCGUUUGUCAUCGUGGAGCCUGCUGACCCCAUCAGUGGCACCUGCAUCCGAGACUCUGUCCCCUGCCGGAGCCAGCUCAACCGGACCCACAGCCCUCCCCCGGAUGCCCCCCGCCCGGAAAAGCGCUGCUGCAAGGGUUUCUGCAUCGACAUUCUGAAGCGGCUGGCGCAGACCAUCGGCUUCAGCUAUGACCUCUAUCUGGUCACCAACGGCAAGCACGGAAAGAAGAUCGAUGGCGUCUGGAAUGGCAUGAUCGGGGAGGUGUUCUACCAGCGCGCAGACAUGGCCAUCGGCUCCCUCACCAUUAACGAGGAGCGCUCUGAGAUCGUGGACUUCUCCGUCCCUUUCGUGGAGACAGGCAUUAGCGUCAUGGUGGCGCGCAGCAACGGCACGGUGUCCCCCUCCGCUUUCCUCGAGCCCUACAGUCCCGCCGUGUGGGUGAUGAUGUUCGUUAUGUGCCUCACUGUGGUCGCCGUCACUGUUUUCAUCUUCGAGUACCUCAGUCCGGUCGGUUACAACCGCAGCCUGGCCACUGGCAAGCGCCCUGGUGGCUCAACCUUCACCAUUGGGAAAUCCAUCUGGCUGCUCUGGGCCCUGGUGUUCAAUAAUUCGGUGCCCGUGGAGAACCCCCGGGGAACCACCAGCAAAAUCAUGGUGCUGGUGUGGGCCUUCUUCGCCGUCAUCUUCCUCGCCAGCUACACAGCCAACCUGGCCGCCUUCAUGAUCCAGGAGGAGUACGUGGAUACCGUGUCUGGGCUCAGUGACCGCAAGUUCCAGAGGCCCCAGGAGCAGUACCCGCCCCUGAAGUUUGGGACUGUGCCCAACGGGUCCACGGAGAAGAACAUCCGCAGCAACUAUCCCGAUAUGCACAGCUACAUGGUGCGCUACAACCAGCCCCGCGUAGAGGAAGCUCUCACUCAGCUCAAGGCAGGGAAGCUGGAUGCCUUCAUCUAUGAUGCUGCGGUGCUCAACUACAUGGCUCGCAAGGACGAGGGCUGCAAGCUUGUCACCAUCGGCUCCGGCAAGGUCUUCGCCACGACAGGCUAUGGCAUCGCCCUGCACAAGGGCUCCCGCUGGAAGCGACCCAUCGACCUGGCUCUGCUGCAGUUCCUGGGGGACGAUGAGAUCGAGAUGCUGGAGCGGCUGUGGCUCUCCGGGAUCUGCCACAAUGACAAAAUCGAGGUGAUGAGCAGCAAGCUGGACAUCGACAACAUGGCGGGGGUCUUCUACAUGCUCCUGGUGGCCAUGGGCUUGUCCCUGCUGGUGUUCGCCUGGGAGCACCUGGUGUACUGGCGGCUGCGGCACUGCCUGGGACCCACUCACCGCAUGGACUUCCUGCUGGCCUUCUCCAGGGGCAUGUACAGCUGCUGCAGCGCGGAAGCCGCCCCGCCGCCCGCCAAGCCCCCGCCGCCGCCGCAGCCCCUACCCAGCCCCGCAUACCCCGCGCCGCGGCCGGCGCCCGGGCCCGCACCUUUCGUGCCCCGCGAGCGCGCCCCCGUGGACCGCUGGCGCCGGACCAAGGGAGCGGGGCCGCCGGGGGGUGCGGGCCUGGCCGACGGCUUCCACCGCUACUACGGCCCCAUCGAGCCGCAGGGCCUAGGCCUGGGCCUGGGCGAGGCGCGCGCGGCGCCCCGGGGCGCUGCCGGGCGCCCCCUUUCCCCGCCGGCCGCGCAGCCCCCGCAGAAGCCGCCGCCCUCCUACUUCGCCAUCGUGCGCGACAAGGAGCCCGCCGAGCCCCCUGCCGGCGCCUUCCCCGGCUUCCCGUCGCCGCCCGCGCCCCCUGCCGCCGCGGCCACCGCCGUCGGGCCGCCACUCUGCCGCCUGGCCUUUGAGGACGAGAGCCCGCCGGCGCCCGCGCGGUGGCCACGCUCGGAUCCGGAGAGCCAGCCCCUGCUGGGACCCGGUGCGGGGGGCGCGGGCGGCGCAGGGGGCACGGGCGGAGGAGCCCCGGCCGCGCCGCCCCCAUGCCGCGCCGCGCCGCCCCCCUGCCCUUACCUCGACCUCGAGCCGUCGCCGUCGGACUCGGAGGACUCGGAGAGCCUGGGCGGCGCGUCGCUGGGAGGCCUGGAGCCCUGGUGGUUCGCCGACUUCCCCUACCCAUACGCCGAACGCCUCGGGCCCCCGCCCGGCCGCUACUGGUCGGUCGACAAGCUCGGGGGCUGGCGCGCCGGGAGCUGGGACUACCUGCCCCCGCGCAGCGGUCCCGCCGCCUGGCACUGCCGCCACUGCGCCAGUCUGGAGCUGCUGCCGCCGCCGCGCCAUCUCAGUUGCUCGCACGACGGCCUGGACGGCGGCUGGUGGGCGCCACCGCCUCCGCCCUGGGCCGCCGGGCCCCCGCCCCGACGCCGGGCCCGCUGCGGGUGUCCACGGUCGCACCCACACCGCCCGCGGGCAUCCCACCGCACGCCCGCCGCCGCCGCACCCCACCACCACCGGCACCGGCGCGCCGCGGGGGGCUGGGACAUCCCGCCGCCCGCGCCCACCUCGCGCUCGCUCGAGGACCUCAGCUCGUGCCCCCGCGCCGCCCCGGCGCGCAGGCUCACCGGGCCCUCCCGCCACGCUCGCAGGUGCCCGCACGCCGCACACUGGGGGCAGCCUCUGCCCACAGCGUCCCACCGGAGACACCGGGGCGGGGACCUGGGCACCCGCAGGGGCUCGGCGCACUUCUCCAGCCUCGAGUCCGAGGUAUGACGCGGCCCCGGGGGCCCCACUGCCCCCUUGGUCAGCGCAGGCCACGGCCCGAGGGGGCGCCCGCAGUGGAUAGGACCCGCGUGGGUUGGGAAGGAAAGCAACGGAACUGGCCGGACCCCGCCUGGAGCAGCGUCCUGUGCCCCCUCGUUCUGAAGAAACCGCGAGCCGAAGAGGAUUUGGUCCCCCAAUUAUCACCCAGCCUGAGAGCGAGGGGGCGGGGGCCUCGGAGCCCACCGGACUUUUUUUUUAAACCCGACAAGGGCUUUUUAACGUCACCAGAUGGGGCGGGAGGUGGGGAGUCACGCCACACCCGCGUCCCACCUCCAUGCCCGGGGCCGUGGCCCCCACAUCACUGUGCAGCUCCCCGGCCCCAGUCGCGCCUCCGGGGAAGCUCGUUUUUAACCUUUCAUCCAUCAGGACUCAAAACUGUGAGACGCGUUCGCCAAACUGUGACCCCAGACCUUGGCCCCGCCACACAGAAACCCCUGACCCAGACUGUGACAUCCGACUCCUAAAAUGGUCAUCCGACCCCAGACUGUGACCCCCGACCCCAAACUGUGACCCGAACCCCAGACCGUGCCCCGACCAGACUGUGACCCUUGACAUCAAACCGUGACACCCUCUCCUCCUCUUCAACCCUCGGGCGCUUUUCCUUACUGUGACCUAGGACUCGUCCCCAACGGAAGCCCCGCCAACCCUUGCACCGCAAUGAACCCAACCUCCUUCAAGCCAAAACUUCCCAACCUGUCGCACCUCUAGACCACCCCACUUGCCACCAACCACAUCCUCUCCAAAUCCAAUCCUUAUUUGCGACCCUUCAGUGAUGACCCAGCAGACCUCCAAAAAGCCUCCUCUUCCCAGAUCUCCAGCCGGGUCUGGGGCUGGGUUGCGGAGGGGAGGGUCUGGGAGUCCACACUUCACCAACCUCCCUUCCCACUCUUCUAUUCCACAUUGCAGUGUUUGGAAUAAACCAUGUUUUUAUGCCUCCUCA